AUACAUUUAUUAUCCUAGAUGUGCAGUAUUUGAAUAGAAAGACGUGUUAUUUUAGUGCUGUUUAACUUACAAGUCAGUCCAUAUAUUCUUAGGCGUCAAUAUUAAUAAUAAAGGAAUAAUUCACUACAAAUCAUCAAUCAUUUCACAAACAAACCUGUUUACAUUUCUUCCUUCCAUUGAAUAUGAAAGAUGACACUUUGAAGAAUGCCCAAAACCUGUAACCAUUGACCUUCAUAGCAUUGGUUUGUCCUACUGUGGAAGUCACAGUUUUUCAGCUUCCUUCACAAUAUCUUCAUUAUCUCUACUGAUAAAGGUUUGGAAACACUUGAGUGUGUGUAAACCGUGGGUAAAUGUUAAUUUGUGGGUGAACUAUCCAUUAAUUUAAAACUUCUUUAAGCUAAUAUGACAGACAUGUUGGUAUCCUUUGAUUAUUACCAAUGUUUCAUAUCAUUAAAUAUGAAAAUGAUGCAUUUAAAAGCCUAGAUAUGCAGUAUUUUAAUAGAAACAGUUCAAAAUAAAGUCCUCUCCCAAGACUGAAGCUUAUGUAGGCUUCACCAAUGCUGAAAAGUCUCAGACUACAACAUGAUGCCAUUCAAGACUCCACCUUCCCGGUUCUCUUAGCAGUAUAAAGAAGCUAGAAACUGUAUCUCCCUCUCCCCGUUCCUUCAUUUAAAGAAGAAUCCCUCUCCCUUUCCCUUUCACCAUUCGCUCAUUCAAAGAAAGCCUGAGAACGGCUUGCACAGCUAAUCUCCAGGACGCUACUUAAACAGCACCAUGGCUUCAGCCGGUUUGGAGAUAUUGGGGAUGAUCCUGACCGUGGCCGGCUGGCUCGGGGUUAUGGUCGCCUGCUGUUUGCCCAUGUGGAGAGUGGCUGCAUAUAUAGGCCAGAACAUAGUCAUCACGCAGAUCGUUUGGGAAGGUUUGUGGAUGAGCUGCGUGGUGCAAAGCACGGGACAGAUGCAUUGCAGGGUGUACGACUCCAUGCUUGGACUUCCAGAUGACUUGCAGGCUGCCCGCGCGCUUACCGUUGUAAGUACACUGCUCGGUGUGGUGGGUAUAGCGAUGUCCGUGGCUGGAGCGAAGUGCACUAACUGUACGUCAGAUCCAGCAAGCAAACCGCGUAUAAUAAUGGCAGCCGGGGGCACGUUUAUUUUGUGUGGGCUACUACUGUUAGUUGCCGUCUGCUGGACAGCCAAUGGCAUCGUUAUGGAUUUCCACAACCCGCUAAUGGAAGAUAAGCAGAAGAGGGAGUUUGGGAACUCGCUGUAUUUCGGAUGGGGUGCGUCAUGUCUGCUGAUACUUGGCGGAGCAAUUUUGACGUGUUCGUGCUCUUCGAAAGCGCGCGGAAAUGCUGCGCCGUCAAGGGUGGAGUACUCUGGGGUCAAAUCCCUCUCUGUCAACGGAUAUGAUAGGAAAGACUAUGUUUGAGGAGUAUGAAUCUCUCAGACAGACUUUAAACUACUUGCAAUUCUGAAGGUUUUUAUGGGACAACCUAAUUGUUUGAUGUUCAAUCCACUUAAAUUUGUAAAAACAAUGAAGUUGACUUAAUCGAUUUGUGUUGGGACAACAUGAAGAAACUGUGUGGAACCCAGCUUUUUUUUUUUUUUACAGUGAAUGUCAAAAACGGAUCAGUGACUGAUGCUUGUUAAGAAUACUGCGGAUAUUAGUGUUAUUGUUUGCAUUAUUGUGUGUGUGUGUGUGUGUGUUUAUGUGAUUUAAAAUAACAAUUUGUUGUACACACUCAAAACUUAUUUAAAAUGAGCUGAAACAACUAAAUUCUUGAGGUUUUUGGGGACAACUUAAUUGUUUUAUGUUCCCUCCACUUGAAUUUUUGUUUAACAGUAAAUGUCAAGAACAAAUCAA